GGUUUUUCCCCCCCCUCCGGGCAGUUAAGGAGGGAGUGGGGGGAGGGUUCGGGAAUGAGAGCGGGGCCGCUCGACGGUUGGGAUUCGAAACCGGCCCCGUUCUAGAGCGCGCGGCGCUAGGCCGCGGGCGAAGCCUCGGCCUCGAUUUCCCGUGGGUGCCGGAAGGGCGAGGCGGACGGGAGGGAUGUGCCGGCGGGCCCCUGGUUGAAGUCCCUCCCUGUCCCGCUCUCUCUCCCCGCGGAGCAGUGAUAACGUUGGCCCGCAAGCGGGGAGCCGCAGCAGGCGGUGCUGGAGGCGGUGGGCAGGCGGCUGCUGCCUUGGCCUGGCCCCGCUACCCGGGCCGCCUGCCGCUCCGGCCGGAGGAGAUGGCGGCCGAGCAGGAGAAGGAGCCGGUGAUCCACAAGCGGCAGAAAACAGGUGCUAACGGUGGUGGAACACAGCUCAAGAGCCCAGAGAAGAAGAAACGGAAGUCCAGUGCACAGGCCGCUCAGUUUUCACACCUCUCCGAGUUCGCUCCACCGCCCACGCCAAUGGUUGACCACCUGGUGGCCUCGAACCCCUUCGAUGACGACUUCACCCCCCCGAAAGGGGCAGCCCCGUCCGCUCCGUUCUUUAGCAACCCGGCUGCUUACGGAGCCUACCGGGCGCAGUCUGCCAUGCCGCCCCAUCUGCACCCCGCCUUCAACCCUGGACCUCAGCCCAUGAGGCGCCAAGCGCCGCACCACUUCCCCCCGAACCAACUGGGCGCGGCCUUCGGCGUGCCCCAGAACCCGAAUUUUGGGCAGCCCGGCGGCAUGAACUUUGGGAGCCCGCCCUUCGGCCAGGGGAUCAGCCAGACUUUCAGCCCGCCCCCCGGGCAGCCCCUUCACCCAGGGCCCCCCGGCGCGCCCCCCGGUGCCAACUUCAACUCCAUGAUGCCUCCGAACAUGGGCCAGCCCCCUCGGGGGGGCGACAUGAUGGCAGGGCCGGGGAUGAGCCCGGCGGCCGGAGCCCCCAUGGGGCCCAAAUUCGUCCAGCUGCCGGGCCCCUUCAACCCCAGCCCGGGGCCCCGGCCCAGCCAGAGCUUUGCCAAAGGCGCCAGCCAAGCCAACCUGCCACCGAGUGCCGCCUCGUUCCCCAGCCCGGAGAGGAGCUUCCCCCCGGCGGAGGACAACGCCAAGAACUUUCACCGCCCCGGCAACGCUUUCAACCCGGGGAGCGAACAUUCUGGCUCGCCGGCCGCCGUCAACGGCAACCAGGCCGGCUUCAACCAAACCCCGGGCGGCCCGAGCAACAGCGCCGCGGACAGCAACAGCUUCCCGGCCGCCAGCGGCAAGAGCGCGCCCGGCGCUGGGCACCGGCCUUCCUCCGACCCCGUCUACCCGUGCGGCUUCUGCCUCAACGAGGUGAACGACGACCAGGACGCCAUCUUGUGCGAGGCCUCCUGCCAGAAGUGGUUCCACCGCGAGUGCACGGGGAUGACGGAGACGGCGUACGGCCUGCUCACCACGGAGACCUCGGCGGUGUGGGCCUGCGACUUCUGCCUCAAGAGCAAGGAGAUCCAGUCGGUGUACCUGCGGGAGAACCUGGGUCAGCCCGUUGUCAAUGAUGGCUGAGGACAAUGGCGGCUGCGCGCGUGUGUGUGUGUGUGUGUGUGUGUGUGUGUGCGUGUGUGUGUCUGGGGUUGGGGUUGGUGGGGGGGGGUGGCGCUGGUGGGGUGCCCGCCCACUUGACCAUCGACUAGGGACACCGGGGAAGGUGGGGGAAGGCCUUGCGUUCAGGGCUGACCAGGCACUUGUGGCCUUGUGAGGGGAGCGGGGAAACCAUCGCAAGUACCUUGACGCUUUAAGGAGGAGCGUGUUUCACCACCCUGGGCGUGAACUGAAACGCACUGUUGUGGGGAGGGG